CGCUGCCCGCUCGAGGUGCGCCGAGCUGCCCCGCCCCCCAGCCCCGUCCCGUGCGGUCCCCGUCCCGCGGCGGGGGCGAUGCUCGCCCCGCUGCGCUGCCCGCGGAUCCCUCCCUGCUGAUUCGUUUUGGACGGUUUGCCUGGCGCAGGAUCAUCCCCCGGACAGCCCCGCAUCCCGGCGGCAGCACCGAGACUCGGCGAUGCGGCUCCAAGACUGACCUUGCUGAGAGCCCCUGAGAUACUGAACUCUAUGAGCGGAGACCACUUGACUGCACUCAACACCUUUCAGGAUCAGGCUCUAGGAAAUGGUGAGAGGAGCGAAAGGAGCAUCACCAUUUUGAAACAAAACCAAGGGUACUGGGCACUAAAUGAGAAUAUGGCCAAUGGCAUUGAAGAUCUUAUCGGGAUCCCAUUCCCGAACCACAGCAGCGAGGUCCUGUGUGGUUUAAACGAGCAGCGGCACGACGGGCUCCUCUGCGAUGUCAUCCUCAUCGUCCAGGACCAGGAGUACCGCACCCACCGCUCCGUCCUGGCUGCCUGCAGCAAGUACUUCAAAAAACUCUUCACUACCGGCACUUUAACAGACCAGCCCUAUGUUUACGAGAUUGACUUUGUCAAGCCUGAAGCACUUUCUGCCAUCCUCGAGUUCGCCUACACCUCAACCCUCACCAUCACCACCUCAAACGUCAAGCACAUCCUCAGCGCCGCCAAGAUGCUGGAGAUCCAGAGCAUCAUCAAUGUAUGCCUUGAAAUUAUGGAGCCCGACAGAGAGGCCGAGGAGGAGGAUGACAAAGAGGACGACGAUGACGAUGAAGACGAAGAUGAAGAUGAGGAGGAAGAGGAGGAGGAGGAAGUGGAAGAUUUUGUCAAUCAGGAGAACCUAGGUGAUGUACAAGAAGUAAGCUGCCACCAAAGCCCUUCUGAGUCCGAUCUUACUGAAGAAGCUUAUACAGAAGCACCUAAAGAUUUUCCAAAUCACUUCCCAGCCAGUAACUCCUCUGGACACUUGGGCAUGAUACGAGACUUCUCCAUAGAGUCCUUGCUGAGUGAAAACUUGUACCCUAAGGCAAACAUCCCAGAACGGAGGCCAGCUCUGUCUCCUUUCGCCCCCAGCUUCUUCCCCCACCUGUGGAACGGCGACUUUAACUCCUUCUCCCAGCUUGAGGAGCCACAAGUAGACAACGGCCCCUUGGAUCUGGUGAUCAAAAAGAGGAAGAUCAAGGAAGAGGAGGAGAAGGAAGACCUGCCUCCACCUCCUUUCCCUAAUGACUUCUUCAAGGACAUGUUUGCCAACGCCCCAGCAGCUCCCUUAGGGCAUAUUAAGGCAGAGACUGACUAUAGCGCUUAUCUCAAUUUCCUAAGUGCUACCCAGUUUGGAGGAGUUUUUCCCCCGUGGCCCCUGGAGGAAGAGAGGAAAAUAAAGCCCAAGGCAUCCCAGCAGUGUCCCAUCUGUAACAAAGUCAUCAUGGGAGCUGGCAAGCUGCCCAGGCACAUGAGGACCCACACGGGGGAGAAGCCUUAUAUGUGCAAUAUCUGUGAAGUUCGCUUUACCAGGCAGGACAAGCUCAAAAUCCACAUGCGGAAGCACACGGGGGAGCGGCCGUACCUGUGCAUCCACUGCAACGCCAAGUUCGUGCACAACUACGACCUGAAGAACCACAUGCGCAUCCACACGGGCAUCCGGCCCUACCAGUGCGAGUUCUGCUACAAGAGCUUCACCCGCUCCGACCACCUGCACCGCCACAUCAAGCGCCAGAGCUGCCGCAUCGCGCGGCCCCGGCGCGGCCGCAAGCCGGCGGCGUGGCGGGCGGCCGGCCUGCUCUUCGCCCCCGGGGCCCCGCCCGUGGAGAACAGCUUCGUGAUGCCGCCCACGCUGGAGGAGAUGAGCAGCCACCUCAGCAGCACGGCCAUGUGCCUUCCCGGCCCCAGCCCCAAACACUUCCUGAGCGGGGCCAAGACCCCCUUCAGCCUGCAGGAGCUGGAGAGCCAAAUCGAAGAAACCCAGAUGAAGCUCUUCAGGCGGGCCCAGAUGGACAUGGAGAGGAACGCGGGCAUCUUCGCCUUCGCCCUGGGCCACAAUGAAAACCUCGCUGCCCAACCCUUCUUCCCUCUCCCUGACCCUUGGAGCACAGGCUUCAGUGGCUUGGCGGGGCUUGGCCACGUGGCUCCCAUCUCAGAGGCCAGCAACUAAACCCGCGCCCGGUCCCACCAUGCGUCUGCUCCCAUCCCAACAAGGCAGCCCGCUCCCCUGGGCUCCCACCUGCCCUUCUGCAUCAUCAGGUUGCUGGGAAGCUCUUAGUCCUCUCACUGCCAUGGCCUGCCACGGGGCUUGGGGCACGGGGCCAUCCCUGGGGCGAGCAGGGCAUGGGCAGGUGCUGUGCCCCGUGGCCACCGGCACUUUAGACUCUGCACUUGGCUUUGGGGCCGUCAGGCACUCACUGUCCCAUCCCUCCACUCACAGCUCCAUCUGGGAAGGCCAGGCCAGGACUGCUGCUCUCUUCAACACCCCCGAAAAUGUCACUUGCCUUAGUCCAGGGCUCGGCCAUCACCAUGAGAUGGCUUUUCUGUGGGAAAUGUUCCCCAUUUUCCCACACACGGAGCUCACUGGACACUGACAAGCCGUCCAGACUUGGGUUUGUUAUGUUGCAUUCCUUAGCCCUUUUGGUCAAAAGGACUUUUCUGUUUUCUUUCUGUUCUUGUUUUCUUUUCUUCUUAAUUAAUUCCCAUGUCUGGCAACAAUAUUUAUUCUACAAGGGAUAAAGGGGAGGUCUAGCAGCCUUGCUGGGAGAGGGAGAGAGGGAAAAUACUUGCCACUGCCUUUCUCAGCAGUGUAUCAGAUUUACAGGGCUGGUAAAAGCCUGCAGCAUGAGU